AUGGAGGCGUGGCGGAGUGCGGCAAGCCGGCUACCACGAGACGCCCUGUCUAUGGCGCUGGCCCAGGGCAACUACGAGAGGGCCAAGACCGAAGGGCAGCAGUUCGAGACCGAGUUCGGUUCGUUCCAGGCCCACUUCGGCCAUCUGCAGGAGUCCGACCCGGCCGUCGACAAGCUGGUGCGGGAGUGCACCAGCUUGCUGGGGCGGUUCCACGCCGAGAUCCCCCUGCUCGAACGCCAGCACGAAGCCGCCGAGGCCAUCGCCCGCUUCCGCUCCGACAACGUCCUACACUUCACUCAGCAGGCGAUCGCCCAGAGAAACGAGAGCGCCAUGAAACGCUACGGCGAGGUGUUCGUGCCCAAGGCGGAGGAGUUUCUGUUCGCCUACCAAUCGUACGACGACAUCCGCGCGAUGGCCGACUUCAGGAAGGAGGUCGAGCGGACCCUCGUCUCGUUCAACAGCAUCUACCCGACCAUCCUCCACGAAGCCGAAGUGCGCAAGGUCAUCGCCAGCAUCAAGUCCCAGAACCACCUGCACAAUCUCUCCCUGGGACUGAGCCAACACAACGCAGAUUGGGUCUACCAACACGGCCCUGCCUUUGAGCAGGAGGUCGACCGGUUUGUGGCCACCUACGCCGACUCGCCGUGCCAGGACGCCCAGGAGUUCAUCACCCAAGCCCAGGCACGCCCGCAAAUCCACCAAACGCAACUCAUCGAUCAGGAGAUCAGCAAAUUCAAGUCUACAAACAACAUGCACUACCUUCAAAUGGCGCUCAACCAGCGGAACAGCGACUCGGUACUCAACUACGGCCCUAAGUUCGAGGCACAAUUCGAGGCGUUCCUGUCCUUGUAUGGGUUCGAGGAGAGGGCGAGCACCUUCGUUGCCUCUGGCAAGGCCUUGCUCGACAAAUACCACAGAGAGGGACCGGUCAUCACCUGGGAGGAGGAGGUCCGGCGUACCAUCUCCCAGAUCCGUAACGAGAACAACGUCCACUACCUCACCAUGGCGCUUGCCCAGAGGAACGCGGAUCAGGUGAAGGUCCAUGGGCCGAGGGUGGAGGAGCAGCUGGAGCAUCUGAUCGCCACCUGCGGCAAAAAUCCGACCAAGGAGUUCACCGCCACGGUGAAAGAGUGGACCGAUUUGGUGGCGCGCUACAAAACUGUUGGACCCGAGGUCAUCCACGAAGCCGCAGUCACAGCGGUCAUCAGCGACUUCAAAUCGACCCACAGCGUGCACUAUCUGAGCAUGGCUCUAAACCAAAGGAACCCGACUCAGCUCGAGCAGUACGGCGAGAAGUUCGUAGAACAGUACCGGGACUUCAUGGCGCUAUACGAACAUGACAAGUACGCCCAAAUGUUCGUCAAGGAAAUCAAGGCGCUGUGCGAUCGGUAUCACAAAGACGGCCCUGGCAUACUGAGGGACGAAGAAGUGCAGAAGGCCAUCCGUGCCGUCAAGAGCACCAACCACAUGCACUUCCUUUCCAUGUACCUGCAACAAAAGAAUCACGAGCAGGUGGAACGACACGGACCCGAGUUCGAGCAAGAAUUCAAUGACUUCCUGGGAGAGUACAGCGAGGACAAGAUCGCUGCACAGUUUGUGAAGGAGGGAAAGGCCCUCUUGGCCAAGUACAAGAAGGAGGCCCCGAUCCUUAAGCGAGAAGAGGAAGUGCGACAGGCCAUCUCCUCGAUCAAGAGCACCAACCACACACAUUUCCUCUCCAUGGGUCUUUCCCAGCGUAACACUGAGACCGUUCAAACGCACGGACCCAAGCUGCAAGAGCUGUUCGAUGACUUCAUGAACCACUACGCGAGCGACUCGUGUGCUCAGUCCUUCGUGCGAGAGACCAAGACGCUUCUCGAGAAAUACAAGAAGGAAGGCCCGGUCAUCGCUCGAGAAGAGGAAGUUCGGCAGGCCAUCUCCGAGUUCAAGAGCCACAACGAAAUUCAUUACCUGUCGAUGGCCUUGGUCCAGAAGAACGCCCAGAAGGUCCAGGAAUACGGACCACCCCUGGAAGAACGCUUCGCACAGUUCACGCCCCAGUUCGGCGCGGAUUUAUCUGCGCAGCCCUUCAUCAGGGAAGCCAAAGCGUUGCUUGAAAAGUACAGGCGUGAGGGACCGAAAAUUAUUCGCCAGGAUCAGGUGGAGCAAGCCAUCAAGGAAAUCAAGAACCAGAACCAUAUGCACCAGCUGGGCGUGGCGCUCAACCAGAAGAACGUUGAGCGUGCCGAGGAGCACGGCGUCCAAUUCGAGAAUCAAGUGGCCGCCUUCCAGCUGCAAUACAGCAACGACGCCUGCGCCAAGGCCUUCAUCGCUGAUGCUCAGAAACUGCUGGCCCGAUUUCGCGAAAUGUGCCCGCCCUGUUCGGCGUGCCCGUCAUCGGCGAUGGCCUACGCCCAGCAGCCCGCGCCCUACGCCUCCGGACCCGCCGCCUACCCUGCGCCGUGUACCGACUCGCCCUACGGCUCCUGCGGCAGCGCCCCGGCCCCGACUCCCGUGUACCCGCUCUCGGCGCCGGCGCCCUAUCCGCACCAGCAGCCCUACGACCCUGCGGCCGCGUACUCCAGGCCACCGGUUCCGUCGUACGGCCUGCCGCCGGCCCCCUACGCUCAGUACCCGUACUCGCAGUCCCCGCAGCCGCAGCCGCAGGAGCCGCUGUCGUUCCCGUCGCCCGGCCCGCAGUACGCCGACGCCUCGCAGUACUUCGCGAUGCCCGACCCCGGCAUGUUCUCGAAUCCAGCGCAGGCCUACCACUCUUCCCCCAGUGGCAUGACGCCACCCACAGCCUACCACGAGCAAUCGCAACCCCAACAACAACACCAGCCACAGCCACAGCAACAGCAGCAAUCGUGGAGCCUGGCGUCGCACCACCCACAGGCGGGCCAACAGCAGUUCGAUCCAGCUUCGUCGACGUCGUCAUCCCCUUCUUUCGCUCCGCCUGCGCCUGCACAGGCGCCUGUGGCCCAACCGCAGGCGCAGUCGCCGGCCGCACCAGCGCCCACUGCGCAGGCCGACGAUGGAGGGUACUUUGAGGUGCCGGGCGCGGUGCCGGCUCCGUUCCCGGGGGCGCUGGUGAAGGGCGGGAGGGAGGCCAGCCCCCAGGUCGAGGGCCAGGGCCAGGAGGAGAAGCGCAAGUCUGACGAGGACAAGGCCCAGGAGAAGUUCAAAGAGAUCCGCUUCGACGAGCUCCACAUCAUCUCCAAGAUCGGCUCCGGCAGCUACGGCACCGUCUACAAGGCGUGGUGGCGCGGCACGAUCGUGGCGGUGAAGAAGCUGGACGACGCUGCGGACAUGACGAGCGGCAUGGUGGAGCUGUUUAAGAAGGAGGCCGCCGCGAUGACCCUCCUGUCCCACCACCCCUCACUCGCCAACUUUGUCGGCGCCUGCUGGUACUGUGGCGCCCAGUGCCUGUGCUACUACCGGUUCGGCAGUCUGGAGAGCGUGUUGCGCGGACCCACGCGUGCCGACCUCCCGUGGAAGGCCUUCGUCAAGAUGGCCAAGGAGACCGCCGCCGGCAUUCACCACCUGCACAAGGAGGGCAUUCUCCACUCGCGGAUCGCAUCGCGCAACAUCCUCGUCGGCGACGGGUGUCGUGCCUACGUCAACGACUUUGCCUUCUGCCACUUCAAGCCCAAGGAGCAGGUCUACGCCCAGAGCGCCACCCAGACCUUCCUCGGCCCCGUGCGGUACAUGAGUCCGGAGGCGAUGAUGCACAAGUUUUCGGAGGGGAGCGACGCCUGGGCCUUUGGCGUCUUGUUGUGGGAGCUGUGGGAGCGGAAGGAGCCGUUCGAAGGUGACGACGAGCUCACGGUGGCCUUCAAGGUGGCCCAGGACAAGCAGACCCUUCCCAUCUCGCCCUCGUGUCCGGAGGUGGUGGCCAAGCUCAUGCGGGACUGUUGGCAGGAGCGAGCCAGCCAGCGGCCCUCGUUCACCGCAAUGCUGGACAUCCUCGAUGACUACUUCGCCACCCUCUAA